CAUUUUUUUCGUAUGUUUUUUCUCUUUACUCAAAACUGAGAGGAAAUACAGCGACGCGUCUCAGCAUUUGGAGCUUGUUUCUUGCAGGAGCAUGACGCAUGCUGUUCAUAUGACUGAUUUCACUUGAAGCUACACACAGAGAGAGAAAACGCGCAAUGGAGACGUUCACCAUACACGACAUGCUCAUAAAUUCAACUGACCUCAACAAGAUUUUGUGUAAUUUUGGGAUCAAGAAUAUCACGGAUUGCGAGGAGGAACCGUCACGCGAACCUAAAGACAUCAACGAGACAGUGCGGAUCGUCCUCUACAGCCUCAUCUUCCUCCUGAGUGUCCUGGGCAACAGCCUCAUCAUCGCCGUCCUGGUGAGGAACAGGCGCAUGAGGACAGUCACCAACCUCUUCCUGCUGUCUCUGGCAGUCAGCGACCUGAUGGUCUCACUGGUCUGCAUCCCCUUCACCCUCAUCCCCAACCUCAUGAGAGACUUCAUCUUUGGCAUCGGCAUGUGCAAGCUGGUCAUGUAUUUUAUGG